CCUGUACUAUGUCCGCAGUCUCUGGUCAUCUCCUGUACUAUGUCCGCAGUCACUGGUCAUCUCCUGUACUAUGUCCGCAGUCUUUGUCAUCUCCUGUACUAUGUCCGCAGUCACUGUCAUCUCCUGUACUAUGUCCGCAGUCUCUGGUCAUCUCCUGUGUACUAUGUCCGCAGUCUCUGGUCAUCUCCUGUACUGUGUCCGCAGUCCCUGGUCAUCUCCUGUACUAUGUCCGCAGUCUCUGGUCAUCUCCUGUACUAUGUCCGCAGUCUCUGUUCAUCUCCUGUGCUAUGUCCGCAGUCUUUGGUCAUCUCCUGUACUAUGUUCACAGUCUCUGGUCAUCUCCUGUACUAUGUCCACAUCUCUGGUCAUCUCCUGUACUAUUUCUGCAGUCUCUGGUCAUCUCCUGUACUAUGUCCAGUCUCUGGUCAUCUCUUGUACUAUGUCUGCAGUCUCUGGUCAUCUCC